GCUAUCGUAUACUUAAGUCUCAUCUUAUUUCCGAUAAAACACCCCCAAAACCCAAAACCCAAAACCCUCUACUUUGGCCCUUCGUCUCUCUCGCUCUUCCCAGCUGCUCUGGUGUGGAAUCGGAUCGCAGGUGAAGUUUGACUCUACUCGCAGACUAUUCUCAUAGCAUGGAAUUGAAAAAGAACACACUUAUGUGAAAAGAACAUUCUCUAGGAGUAGAUGUUUUAUCAAACGGCACCUAAGAGGUUUCAUUUAUGUUCUUUCAAAGAGAUUUUCAUAGACAGAGACAGUCAGCCGUUCUUGCUCUCUGCCUCUCCCACAACUGAAGAUGCCAAAGCCAAACCCUAAGACCUCAGGCCCUCAACUCGGCCCCUCAAGUCUGCAAAAAUUGUUGGUCUCUAAUAUUGAUUUCAUCCCAAGCUUCUGAGUUCUAAUCUUCAAACAAGUCUCAAGCUUCCUUCUCAGAGGAGGAAUUAAUACUUGACUGAUCAGAUGUUGAUAAAAGGAAGGAAAGUCACCAGCAGAGGGGAAGAGAUGACAGCACACUACGCUUUUAGUCCCCUUGAAGAUGACACCAUCAUCAAACAUAGGCUACUCACCCGUACAACAACCACAAGGGGGGAGCCCCCCUUGAAGAAACUUCAGAAGAAGUUUAUCUCUUUUGCGCUUGAGGUUGAUAAGGACUCGGAUAACUAUAGUGACUGUGAAAGGCUGUAUAAAGCCUUUCUACAGGAAAUGAAUACCUUUGAACUUCCACUUCUCAAGAGUAAGGCUGUUAUUGAUGCAAACCUUAGGGAGAAGGAAAAUUUCAAUGAACUGCAAGAAGAGAUACGACGACAGAUUUUGCAGACACAAGCUGACAUAGAAGAUCUGAAAAAGCAGCUUGAAGAGAGUAAGAUUGAAAGGCAACACAAAGAGGAGUGUGAAGCAAUCAGAAGAUUGAUUGCUAUGCAGCCCCCAAGAUCAGAAACCCAGAAGAUAAUAUCAGAUCUAGAGAAAGAAAUUGCAUCACUGGAGGCUGAGAAUACUGCUGGUUCGAGGACUUUGGAGCUUCGCAAGAAACAGUUUGCUCUUCUGUUACAUGUGGUGGAUGAAUUGCAGAACACCAUAGAGGAGGAGCAGAAAAGUUUGGCUGAGGAACUGAGGACUGCUAUGGAAGAGCAGAAGAUCAACUUGGAGGAUGUUAGUGGUGGUUCGGAAGCCAUGGCUGUAGAUUAAAGUUACUGUCAUUCCAUAGAGUUAUGUACAUGCUCAAACUGAUCUUGGUUAAUGCAAACUGAGGAUAUUUUGCCCUUUUGUGCUUGGGGACUUGUGAUAUCUCCCAAACAUAGUAUUCAGACAGAACACUUGGAUCAUAAAUUAUUUAUAUAGGAUUGUCAACAUGAAAGCUAUCUUUACCUUA